CGGUGCUUCCGGGUCGGCGGCGCGGCCCAGCGCUCCCCGUACCGCCGCGUCCUCCGGCCCCGGAAGCGGCUGCCCCGGCCCGGCGGCGGGGGAGGAGGCGGCGCCCGGCCCGGCCCCGCGGAGCGGCGCGGCGGCGAAGCCUGUACAUGUGUCCAUGGAAGAAGAUGGAGAGAAGAUAGUAGAGUGACGUGGUGGGCUUGUGGACAGGAUGGCUUUCCUGGACAACCCAACAAUUAUACUUGCUCAUAUUCGGCAGUCCCACGUCACCAGUGAUGACACAGGGAUGUGUGAAAUGGUCCUGAUAGAUCAUGAUGUCGACCUGGAGAAGUUCAAUCCCUCGUCAGCGUAUGGGGACAAUGGUUCAGAGACACAGGGAAGCAAUGGUGAGACUCAGGGCUAUGUAUAUUCCCAAUCAGUCGAUAUUACCUCAAGCUGGGACUUCGGAAUCAGAAGACGAUCAAACACAGCUCAGAGACUAGAACGUCUGCGGAAAGAGAGACAAAAUCAAAUAAAAUGCAAAAAUGUUCAGUGGAAAGACAGAAAUACUUCUUACUCAGCAGAGGAGCUGAGCUCACUAUUUGAAAAAAAGAAUUUCAGAGUAAAAUCUCCGUGUUCUGGGAAGCAGUCAAUACUGUCUGUACGACUUGAACAGUGUCCGCUGCAGCUGAAUAACCCCUUCAACGAGUACUCAAAAUUUGACGGCAAGGGUCAUGUUGGUACAACGGCAACCAAAAAAAUUGAUGUCUACCUCCCACUGCACACAAGCCAAGACAAACUGCAGCCCAUGACAGUUGUGACGAUAGCAAAUGCCAAGGUGCAUGACCUGAUUGGACUAAUAUGCUGGCAAUAUACAAGUGAGGGACGGGAACCAAAACUGAAUGACAACGUCAAUGCCUACUGCCUCCAUAUUGCUGAGGACGACGGGGAGGUUGACACAGAUUUUCCACCCUUGGAUUCCAACGAGCCCAUUCACAAGUUUGGCUUCAGCACCCUGGCGCUGGUUGAAAAGUACUCCUCUCCCGGCCUGGCAGCCAAACAGUCGCUCUUUGUUCGCAUAAAUGCUGCUCAUGGAUUCUCACUUAUUCAGGUGGACAGUAUGAAGGUCACCAUGAAGGAUAUCUUACAAAAGGCCUUAAAGAGAAGGAAGGGAUCACAGAGAGGCUCAGGUCCUCAGUAUCGGCUGGAGAAGCAGAGUGAACCUAAUGUCCCAGUAGAUUUAGACUGUACCUUGGAGAGCCAGAGCACUUUGGAAUUCUGCCUUGUCCGGGAGAACAGUUCAAGAGGAGAAGAGGUCUCGGAGGAGGACCCUCAGAUCGAUAUAGCUACGGUUCAGGACAUGCUCAGUAGCCACCACUACAAGUCCUUCAAAGUCAGCAUGAUCCAUAGGCUUCGAUUCACCACUGAUGUUCAGUUAGGUAUUUCUGGAGACAAGGUAGAGAUAGACCCUGUUACUAAUCAGAAGGCCAGCACUAAGUUUUGGAUUAAGCAGAAGCCCAUUUCAAUCGAUUCUGAACUCCUCUGUGCCUGUGACCUUGCGGAAGAAAAAAGCCCAAGUCAUGCAAUAUUUAAACUUACAUAUCUAAGCAAUCAUGACUACAAACACCUUUACUUUGAAUCAGAUGCUGCUACUGUCAAUGAAAUUGUACUGAAGGUUAACUAUAUUCUAGAGUCGCGAGCAAGCACAGCCAGAGCAGAUUAUUUUGCUCAGAAACAAAGAAAACUGAGCAGGAGAACAAGCUUUAGCUUCCAGAAGGAGAAGAAAUCGGGACAGCAGUGACGCCAAGCCUGGAGGAGAGCCUGUCUGCCGAAGUCGGAGGAGGAGACGCUCCCCACCGCCCGAGACAGGUGGGAGCCAGGACUGCGGUGCUCCUGCUGCCGACAGGCGGGAGCAGCCGGGGAAGAAAUCUGAAUUAUCCCGUCUCUCACGGUUGGAAGAUUAUCCCUCGUCGGUGAUGGGAAGUCUCCCCUGUGACAAAAAUAAAGAGCCAUAUCAGCCGGAAAGAAGACUGUUACGCAUCAGGUUCCUUUGAUUAGAAAUAAGAGAAUGACGUAGACUGGCAUCAUUUAAUUACUGUAUUAUGUACAAUCACAAGAAGAGAUGUGAUUACAUAUUAUUUCACAGCCUGGUUAAAAUAAAUUAUAUACAUCUGUAAUACACCCACGUACACACAGGUAUUGCUUGUGACAUGAUCAAAUUUCUAAAAACAAAAUGUAGGACAAAUGUAUCCAUUUUUACUAUUAAUAAACAGAUGUAAUCUUUUUCAAGGUCCAUAUGAUGCACAGUUCUUUUGGGGGGAGGCUGCAGUCCCAGAUGGUUUCACUUCUGUUGCUGAAGUGCAGGAGGCAACCGUGAGCCAGGGAACAGCAGCCAUUGCAGGGGAGCUGAUUUGUGAAGAAACGUUGAGACAGUCAAGUCUGUUGUGGUUUGUUUUGUUCAAAAAUAUUUUUAUUUGACUGUGCUUUUCCGCUUUGCAUACGUGUUAUUGGAAGUUACUUGCUGUAGUCGGCACGGUGCGUUGGAACCAAGGCGGCAUCUCCGCGGCGGAAAGGAGAGCAUCCUCCCGCCUGCGGGAGCUGCUGCGGCCGCCCGGGAUCCGCUCUUCCUCUCUGCGACGGCUCGCACCUGAGGACUGGGAAAUGCCUUCACCUUUUCUUAAUAUUAUUCUUUAAAAAUAAAAAUUAAGACCUACUUUGUACUGGGAUUUGUAACUAUUUUGGCCUUGUCCAUCCUUAAUACAUCAGGGAACACGUGAGCGGGAUGACUGGGAACCAGAGUUUUGGUUUUUGGUUCAGUUCACCAGAGGUGUCUUUCAUAAAUCUCUCCAGGUCGUUGAAGCUGGAGCUCUCUGCGCUGCUGCUGUGGGCUUUGUAUCAGGAAAAUGCCCCCAGUUCCGAGGGGUUUACCCACAGCGGGGGCGGCAGCGCUGCGGGUCCAGGGCCGCCCAGCCCCGCCUGCCACCGCGUGACCUCCUACGGUGUCCUACCUUGCUUUUGUAUAGAGAAAACUUCCUGAGCCUUAACACAUAGUUUAGGAAUAAACACUAAGGCAGAGAGGUCUAUGUGUCACUCACCUGUUGGGUUUAAGUUCUCGGUUUUUAAAGGUUUAGCCCUCCCGGAGCCGGUGUCGGUGCCCUCGGGAGGGGAGCCCUGCCCGCGCCGCUGAGGCCAGCCUGCACUGUACAGUCUUCCAUGAUAUCUGCAAAGCAAGAGAAACAAUAUUUUAUAGUAUGAUAUUAAAUUUUUUAAUAUUUUAUAUGCGCAAAUGCAGCACAGAUGCAAUGGGGAAAGACCCUUCAAAUAAUGCAAUGUAAAUGACUCCUUUAACCAACUUUGUGAACUAUUUAACAUUAAAGUUGU